AUGGCAUGGCAAAGGACUUACAGGAGAUGCCAUCCACAGUGUGCCAUCCACAGCGUACUUGCACAGCGAUGCAAGAAACGGGGUGUCCACCCAUCUCUCAUCAAGAACAAGAACCAAGUUCGAUUUUUCUACUAUCGUACAUGCCAUAAGAUCAGCAAAUUCAUUCAGACCACAAAUGAUGUGAAGAAAGAUACUCAGGAGUUGUAUGCUCUCAUCAAUUACGGCAUUCUUAGAGAAACCAUUAAGAGCCGUCUAAAUGAGAAGACAGCUCUAAAGCUUUAUGAGCUUAUACACAAAGGUGUGACAAAUGUUAGAAUCAAAGGAAAGAACAAAAAGAUUCGGACACCAGCAUGUAAUGCUUUGAAAAAAUUGAACAACUGUGAUGAACCGAAAGAAGAGCCACCCUUGCAGCCAGUUCCAGAUAAGAUCACAGUGGAGCUGGUUCCAAGAACCAAUGAUGCAUGGGCACAUGUCCAGUCUGUAGCCCACAACCCAAGGGUCCGGUUCAAGCUGGCUGGGGAUCGAAGUGUUGGAUCCAUUGUUGGAUAUCUCACACGCAAGUGGAAGGAGCACAGAGCCAAACUUAAAGAGUCUGUGAGCAGCACGGAGGAGGUGCAGAUGAAGAUGCUGACAGUGUUUCCCCCUGCAGACAUCACUCUCAAGCCUGUCCACGUCACUCCCUACACUGCACCUAAAGUAGAUGUCACCUUCGCUAGCUAUAAAGAAAACAUCAUGGGCUCCCCCAGCACAUCAGGCAGCAAAACCUCCAAGAAAUCCAACUCGGUGGAAGAAACAGUGAAGCUGAACAGCGACAAUUCCUCCGAGGCUGAAGCUGCAUCCAGCACACCACCUAAACUUGCCAAAGUUACAUCUGAAUCUAAACCUGUAGAAGUCAAGGAGGACCCCUCCCAUCCAGUAAGCUCCACCCCUGAGAUCAGUCUGUUGAUCGGGGAUGACAAUGCUAUAUUUCCGGACAAACCUCUGUUCUAUGACCUCGACCCACUGCCGUCGAGUAAACUGUCCCUUUCUGCCCCCUCCAUGUCUGUCCACACAGAACAUCGGACCGACGGGGUGCAGAAGCACGUGGAGGGAGGCGGCAACGACAACGCCAACCAUGCCACAUGCAAGAACAGUGAUGCUGGGAACGCGAGUGUUGACAGUCAGGACAGUGAGGACGCGUCCAAGGAGAUAGUGGCCAUGGCCAAGACGGGGUGGACUGUUGAAAGUGGUCGGACCAUCACCCUGGCCCAGUUGUACCUGAUGUGUGGGCAGGAGGAGACUGUGAAGCUGGAGUAUGAGUGGUGUGAAACCAAAACCAAGGAAAACACGCACUACACUUCAACUCUCACCAACAUGCUGCGACGCUUGGCUCAUAUUGCUACAGUCGAGUUCAGGGAUCCUUCGAGAGUUAAGCCAACCACCGACUCCAUGGCCAGAAAGAGUGUGUUGUGUUCUGUGUGUGGCGCGGUGGCGGAGAGGUCGAAGAAGGAGAAGUCACGGAGUGCCAAGUCAAAAUUAGGGAAGGAUGACCGGUUUCAGGUGGAAGAUAACAGGCAAGGAAGUGAUAGGUGCAGUGCAGCGAGAGGGGAGAAGAGUUUUGCCGACUCUGAGGGUCAAGACGAGGCUGUGAAGGCUGAAAUGUUGGGCACCCAAAUCAAGCAUCCGACACAGCAGAUAGUGAUGUCUAAACCAUUAAUACCCAACUCCAGUGACGGUGUAUUCCGCGUGCCUGUUGGGGUCCCCCUCGUCCGCUACCCUCAUCCUGGAGUCAACCAGGUCAUACAGUCCCUGCAACAGAAGCAAUCUAAUUUUUUGAUGCCAAAGAGAAGAAAAAUGGUUCGGCAAAAGCCAUUAAUAGUGCAAAGAACUUUAUUACCAAAAGCUCCAAGUGGACAGAUUGUCACAAUACUGCCUUCAAAUCCGACUCAGCUCACUACAAAUAUAAUCAGCCCUCAAGCCUUGAGUCGAAGUCCACAGGCAUUAACACCACAGACCUUUUCACCAGUCAGUCUCAACUCACCAAUUAACGAUGACAAUCGUCCCAUGGAAACCCAAGUGAUUACUAGUCAGAACAUCACCUCUCUUGGUGCAGGAACAGGCCAGUCCCCUGUGAUGUCUACUGGUCAGCCUCUGAAUGUCCCCCUCUCGGUCAACACAGACAUCACAGCCACUACGCCGGGGCUGCUGCUCGGUACAUCUGCAGGUUCGGCUGUACCAGCAUGCUCCACCUCCAGCAGUCAGAUGGCUGGCAAGAGGGUUGGCGGGGGCAGCAGUGACCUCAGUAUCUCCCCACCCAACCUGUCCUCCCUCCUGGACAUGUCGCUCUCCUGUCCCCCUCCAGGUAAUGUGAUGGCUGACAAGCUGCUGGACAUGGCACUGGUGAACUCCAAUUCCAGCUUCACAGCCCUGCUGGACUCAGCCUCGCCCAAAUGUGGAGGAGGUGAUGCUCCAGCAUUCCGCUCAGUUGACGAGAGUAGUCGACUGAUCACACCCCCCCACAGCCCCAGCCACCUGGGGCCGGGGGCCGACACACAGUGGCUCAAUGGAGAGGUGGCUGACAUGUCUCUGACCAGCUUCCUCAUAUCCCCAGCUAAGAAGUCUGACUCACAAACAUCACAGCCUCCAACAUCCAACGCUCCUCAUUUCCCCUCAUCCAUUUUCAGUGAGAACUCACAGGAGUCCAUAGUAUCAAAGCUUGAUGUGGAUACGACCCUUCAGGUGAUGAUGAAUGAAAACAGUAUGGAUUACGUGAGCAAGUUUGAAUCUCUGGCAGCACACAUCGCAGGUUCAUCACUACCAAAGCAUAAAGAUGCCAAGCAUUGAUCUGUAUAGACCAGGACAACAGCCUUGAUCCACCACUUGUACUUCAGUGUCCAGAAGCACACAGUUGACUUGUACACUACCACAGACUCAAUACACCCAAGUCAUGAGGACUUCGACCCCAUACACUGAAGGGCUAGUCAUCUCCAUUGCUUUACUGAUCACAGACAACUGGAAACAGUAUUUGUAAUUACCCACACUCCUCCAUCAGCCAGUACUUGCUUGAGGUCAGAUCAUGUCACAAAUCACCCACAUUCUUCUUGGAGUUAAGCCUGAUUCAAGACUUCCAACACAUGACACAUAUGGUUAAAAUGGAGCUGAUUGCAUAACUUGGAUUUGAUUCUUCAAAUGCUCAUACUGUCAUUAGGAAUGUUUCAGUCUAGGUUUCUGAUUGCAGAUCAUACACUUCUUUCUUACCUAUGAAAACUACUAUAAGGUAGAUAAAUUAUUGAUAAAAACUUGGAUAAUC